UGUUCUCGGAGUUUGUCUUCUCUAGGCUUGGACUGCCCUACUUACGAACAAUAACAACGUAGAGAGAACAAUAGUAACAGCGCUUCACAUUCCUCAGCCCAACUUUCACGCGAACAAAGCACACCUUAUCCUCAUACUCGAACAACGAAAUAUCACCACUACGGACUCUUUGCCAAGAUGAGUAGUAGACUUGUUCUUUAUACCACAAGACGCUGGCAAUGGUCGAGACACAAACUUCAAGGCGGCUUCGUCCUGAAACCGGAUACCAUGGAGCCAUCUCAUUGAGACCAGGAGAUUAGUAUUGUGACCAACCUCCAUGAUAAGAAGGUGCCGAACAGCCGUAAGUCACACAAGCUAUUCCAUCGACCGAAUCGUUUCAUCUACCUUAUUCGGAAAAACCAUAGGCCAGGCAUACAACCUUGCCCAAGAAUACACAGGGGCUCCUGAAACACGAAACAAGAAACAAGCAGAAGCAAUGCAGAGCCGCACAUUCAGCCUUCUCUUCCUCGGGCUCAUCGCCCUCUUCGCCCUAGUCCUCCCCGCCGCCGCCAAUCCCGAUUGGGGAGUCAUGUGGAACAACCGCCGUGCAUGCGGCGGAAAGGACGGUGGCCGUGUGCUCGGCGCAAUUUCAAAGUUCUGCUACCGUAACAUGUUCGCCGGCGAAAUAUACGCUUCCGAUGGUCAAGCUACAAACGGCGUCAGAGUUGGUAUCGGUGCCAGCUGUGGAUGGGAUAGGUUUAUCCCGCAGGUGUGGUGCGAGUAUCAGAUGUUGGAGGUUUGUGCCCAGGGUGGCAAGAAGGGACGUGGAAAGAAGAGAUACGAUGGUGGAUGCCAGCAUUUCUGGAUCACCAACGGCUAGAGGGGUCAUAUCUUCUACCUCCCCCUAUGCUGAGGGAGAUAUGAGGAUGAUCCAUGGGUGCUUGAGGGGAAUACUAGCCGUUCUAGCUUGGUUUCAAUACAUCUCUUACAG